AUGUCGACGCAAGAUUCAAUCCCCGCUCUCACCGCUGACGACCAUCUCAUUCUGGUCGACGGCUCCACUUUCAUCUUCCGUGCCUACCAUGCGCUGCCGCCGUUGACGCGCAAGCCCGACGGACUGCCGGUCGGCGCGGUUUCCGGUUUCUGCAACAUGCUCUGGAAGUUGCUGCAGGAAGGCCUGACGCCGGAAGAAGGGGAUGAGCCGACCCACUUCGCGGUGAUUUUCGAUCAUUCCUCCAAAACGUUCCGGAACACAAUCUAUCCGGAAUACAAGGCGAACCGUCCGGAUCCGCCCGAGGAUCUGGUGCCGCAAUUCGGACUGAUCCGUGAGGCGACCCGUGCCUUUUCGGUCCCCUGUGUCGAGCAGGAAGGGUUCGAGGCCGAUGACCUGAUCGCAACCUAUGCCCGCCAGGCGGCGGAACAGGGUGCGAAAGUGACGAUCGUUUCGGGCGACAAGGACCUGAUGCAGCUGAUCGGUCCGAAAGUCGGGAUGAUCGACACGAUGAAGAACAAGGUCUUCGGCGAACCGGAAGUUUUUGAGAAAUUCGGCGUCGGUCCGGACAAGGUCAUCGAAGUGCAGUCGCUCGCCGGCGACAGCGUUGACAAUGUCCCCGGCGUUCCGGGUAUCGGCCUGAAGACGGCGGCCCUCCUGAUCAACGAGUUCGGGGAUCUUGAAUCGCUGCUUGCCCAGGCGGAAACCAUCAAGCAGAACAAGCGCCGGGAAAACCUGAUCGAAUUCGCUGAUCAGGCGCGCGUUUCAAGGGAACUUGUGACGUUGAAGCAGGACGUUCCGGUCGAGGUUCCCGUCGCAAGCCUGACGGUGACAGAUGUCGACGGUGCGAAGGCGGUCGGAUUUCUGAAGGCCAUGGGUUUUAGCACGCUCACCAAGCGUGUCGCUGAAGAGACCGGCGCCGAAGUUGACGCCGUUGAACCAGCCGAUUUCCAGGUGCCGGGUUGGGAUGUGCCCGAUCACAAGGGCCGCAUGGCCGAGCGCACGGAAGCCGCGUCCGGUGCGGCCGCGGCUGCCGGUGAGGGCGCCGGCACCGAAGGCAUGAUGGUACCGCAGACCGUCGCCGAGGCACGCGCUGAAACCAUCAGGGCGAUUGCGGUUGACUCAAGCGCCUAUGAAACCGUCACAAGCGUCGAGCGGUUGCAGGAAUGGUGCGACGCUGCCAUCGAAAAGGGCUAUGUCGCCUUCGACACCGAAACCACGUCGCUUGAUGCCAUGCAGGCCGAUCUCGUCGGGCUGUCGCUGUCGACCGAACCGGGACAGGCCUGCUAUGUGCCACUCGCCCAUGUCGAUGGUGAAGGCGACCUUCUGGGUGGCGGCGGUUUGCUUCCCGAUCAGAUUCCGCUCAAGGAUGCCAUGGAAGUCCUGAAGCCGAUGCUGGAAGACCGCUCGGUUCUGAAAAUCGCGCAGAACCUCAAAUACGACUGGCUGGUGAUGACCCGCUACGGCAUCGAUAUCGCCCCUUAUGACGAUACGAUGCUGCUGUCCUACACGGUCGACGCGGGCAAGGGCGGCAACGGCAUGGACGAGCUUUCCGAACGCUGGCUCGGCCACAAACCGAUCCCCUUCAAGGAAGUCUGCGGUUCCGGUAAAUCGAUGAUCACUUUCGACAAGGUGGCGAUCGACAGGGCGACGGCCUAUGCCGCCGAGGAUGCGGAUGUCACCCUGCGGCUGUGGCAGAUCCUGAAGCCACGUCUUGCCAGCGACCAUAUGGCAACCGUCUACGAAACCCUGGAACGGCCGAUGGUGCCGGUUCUGGCGCGCAUGGAAAAGCGCGGCAUUUCCGUUGACAGGCAGAUGCUGUCGCGGCUUUCCGGUGAUUUUGCCCAAGGCAUGGCCGGACUGGAAUCUGAGAUCUACGAACUGGCGGGUGAAACCUUCAAUAUCGGAUCACCCAAGCAGCUGGGUGAAAUUCUGUUCGGCAAGAUGGGCAUUCCCGGCGGCAAGAAAACCAAGACCGGCGCCUGGUCAACAUCGGCCCAGGUGCUGGAGGACCUGGCCGCGGAAGGUCAUGAACUGCCGUCGAAAAUCGUCGCAUGGCGUCAACUUUCCAAGCUGAAGUCGACCUAUUCCGAUGCGCUUCCCGGCUACAUCAAUCCCGAAACAGGCAGGGUUCAUACCUCUUAUGCGCUCGCCGCGACGACGACGGGCCGCCUGUCCUCCUCCGAGCCGAACCUGCAGAACAUUCCGGUCAGGACGGAAGCGGGCCGCAAGAUUCGCCAGGCCUUCAUCGCGGAAAAGGGUCACAAGCUCGUCAGCGCCGAUUACAGCCAGAUCGAGCUGCGCGUGCUCGCUCACAUGGCCGAUAUUCCGCAGCUGAAGAAAGCAUUCGAGGAUGGGCUCGACAUUCAUGCCAUGACGGCAAGCGAAAUGUUCGGAACGCCGAUCGAGGGCAUGGACCCCAUGGUCCGCCGUCAGGCCAAGGCGAUCAAUUUCGGCAUUAUCUACGGCAUUUCCGCGUUCGGGCUUGCCAAUCAGCUCGGCAUCUCGCGCGGAGAGGCCGGCGAUUACAUCAAGACCUAUUUCGAACGCUUCCCGGGCAUCAAGGACUAUAUGGAGACCAUCAAGAAACAGGUUCAUGCGGAUGGCUUCGUCACCACGAUAUUCGGACGCAAGGCCCAUUACCCCGAGGUGAAUACAAAGAACCCCAACCAUCGUGCGUUCUAUGAACGGGCAGCGAUCAACGCUCCGAUCCAGGGCUCCGCCGCCGACAUACUCCGUCGCGCCAUGGUGCGCAUGGAGGAGCGGCUCUCGGACGCGAAGCUGGACGCGCAGAUGCUGUUGCAGGUUCACGACGAACUUAUCUUCGAAGUGCCGGAUGCCCAGGUCGACGCAACAUUGCCCGUCAUCCGGGACGUCAUGGAGAACGCCUGCGACCCGGCCCUGAAACUGACGGUCCCGCUGCAGGUCGACGCCCGCGCCGCCGGCAACUGGGACGAGGCGCAUUAGGUCAGUUCCCGCGCGAGAUCUGGUCAGUUCCUGCAGGCAAUUGAGUCGAGCAGUCCCGCCGACAGGUUUGCCACAAUCUCGGGCUUGCCGAGAUGGGCGGUGCUUUUCAUUGAAAGCAGGACGUCGCUCAUGCUGUCGGUCAGCUCCGCGCGCUCGAUCGGGGAAAGGUCGGUCGACGAAAAGGUGUCCCGGCCUGAUCUCAGGCUGACACCAAGCGGCCG